AUGGAACUCUCAUCCCUUCCCCUCCUCCUCCUGCCUCUCCUCCCUCUUCUCUACUUCCUCUACCUGCGGCCGGACCCCAAGAGGCAGCCUCGCGCCCAUGGCCUCAAGGUCUACCCCAUCCUCGGCACGCUGCCGCACUUCAUCAAGAACCAGGACCGCUUCCUCGAAUGGUACACCGGUGUCAUGCAGGCCAGCCCCACGCACACCCUGGCCUUCAAGGUGCCCGGCCUCACCGGCGGCGCCAUCACCGCCGACCCGGCCUGCGUCGAGCACAUACUCAAGGCCAACUUUGCGAACUACCCCAAGGGCGAGCUCCAGGUCUCCAUGCUCGACGACUUCCUCGGCCACGGCAUAUUCAACUCCGACGGCGAGCAGUGGCUGUGGCAGCGGAAGGCCGCCAGCUACGAGUUCAACAAGCGCUCGCUGAGGAACUUCGUGGUGGACGCCGUCCGCUUCGAGGUCGUCGAGCGGCUGCUGCCGCUGCUGGACCGCGCGGGGCGCGACGGGCGGACGCUGGACGUGCAGGACGUGCUGGAGCGCUUCGCGUUCGACAACAUCUGCCGCGUGGCCUUCGGCGAGGACCCGGCCUGCCUCGCCGAGGAGGGCAUGGCCGCGCCCCAGAGCGCCGAGUUCAUGGCCGCCUUCAACGACGCGCAGAACGCCGUGAUGGCUCGGUUCAUGUCGCCCGCCAAGUGGCUGUGGCGCGUCAAGAGGCUGCUGGGCAUGGAGCCGGAGAGGCGGAUGCGCUCGGCGCUCGCCACCAUCCACGGCUACGCCGACAAGAUCGUCCGCGAGCGCAAGGAGAGAGGGGAGGCUGCUGGGCUGGUGAGCCGGGAGGACUUCCUAUCGCGCUUCGCCGCGGCCGGCGAGCACAACGACGAGAGCCUCCGCGACGUGGUCACCAACUUCAUCCUCGCCGGCCGCGACACGACCUCGUCCGCGCUGACCUGGUUCUUCUGGCUGGUGUCCACGCGGCCCGACGUGGAGGACAAGAUCCUGCGCGAGGUCCGCGCGGUGCGCGCGUCGGGCGGCGGCGCAGCGUCGACUCCCAGCUUGGACGAGCUGCGCGAGAUGCACUACCUCCACGCGGCCAUCACGGAGUCGAUGCGGCUGUACCCGCCGGUGCCCGCCGACACGCACAGCUGCAAGGAGGACGACUUCCUCCCGGACGGCACGUUCGUCGGGAAAGGGUGGCUGAUGACGUACUGCGCGUUCGCCAUGGCGCGGCUGGAGGGCGUGUGGGGCAAGGACUGCGAGGAGUUCAGGCCGGAGCGGUGGCUCGACGAGGAGGGCGCGUUCCGGGCGGAGAGCCCGUUCAAGUACGCGGUGUUCCACGCGGGGCCGAGGAUGUGCCUCGGCAAGGAGAUGGCCUACAUACAGAUGAAGUCCAUCGCGGCGUGCGUGCUGGAGAGGUUCAGCCUCCGGUACGCCGGCGGCGAGGGGCAUCCCAGGCUCAUAAUGUCACUUACGCUGCGGAUGGGAGGCGGCCUGCCGAUGCAGGUGAAGAGCAGAACAGAGGUGGCUAGCUAG